CGGCGACCCCGGGGCGUCAGCCCCGCCGGGGAGCGGCGCCGCGUGACCCGAGGCCACGUGAUGCCGCGUGGGGCGGGGCCGCCGGCGCCGGGUCUGCAGCCGCCGCGGGAGGUGGACGCGACAAGAUGAAGCUCAUCAUUCUGGACCAUUAUUCUCAGGCCAAUGAAUGGGCAGCCAAAUAUAUCAGGAACCGCAUCAUCCAGUUUAACCCAGGGCCCGACAAGUACUUCACCCUGGGGCUUCCCACUGGGGGCACCCCGAUUGGCUGCUACCAGAAGCUGAUUGAGUACUGUAAGAAUGGAGACCUGUCCUUCAAAUAUGUGAAGACCUUCAACAUGGAUGAGUAUGUGGGCCUUCCUCGAGAAAACCCGGAGAGUUACCACUCCUUCAUGUGGAACAACUUCUUCAAGCACAUUGACAUCCACCCAGAAAACACGCACAUUCUGGAUGGGAAUGCAGCUGACCUACAGGCCGAGUGUGACGCGUUUGAAGAGAAGAUCAAGGCUGCGGGUGGGAUUGAGCUGUUUGUCGGAGGCAUUGGCCCUGACGGACACAUUGCCUUCAACGAGCCCGGCUCCAGUCUGGUGUCCAGAACCCGUGUGAAGACCCUGGCCAUGGACACCAUCCUGGCCAAUGCCAGGUUCUUUGAUGGCGAUCUCACCAGGGUGCCCACCAUGGCCCUGACAGUGGGCGUGGGCACUCUCAUGGAAGCCAGGGAGGUGAUGAUCCUCAUCACAGGCGCUCACAAGGCGUUUGCUCUGUACAAGGCCAUCGAGGAGGGAGUGAGCCACAUGUGGACCGUGUCUGCCUUCCAGCAGCAUCCCUGCACGGUGUUUGUGUGUGACGAGGACGCCACCCUGGAGCUGAAAGUGAAGACUGUCAACUAUUUCAAAGGUUUAAUGCUUGUUCAUAACAAGUUAGUGGACCCAUUGUACAGCAUCAAAGAGAAAGAAACGGAGAAGAGAGAGUCUUCCGAGAAACCAUACGGUGAUUAGCCUGCGCUGAUCCUACAUCAAGUACCUCCGUGGCACAGCCUUCUUGGAGUGGACGCUGCCGCCGGCUCCCUCUGUUGUGCCUGCUGAAGCUGCUGCCGCCUCUGUUUGCUGGGGAAGACCUUUCAGAGCCUGGCUCAGGCCACUCUCGACGUGCUGUUUGGUGCCAGUGUUUUACCUUUGGCUGUUAUAUGUGAUCGUGCUGUCAUUCUGUUUUAGGCUAAUCAAUCAGUGGAACUGUUUACAAUGUGAUUAUUUUCUAUUAAAUCUAGUAUUUUCGAAUAAAAUGUGUCAUUUGUAGACUUGACCCCCAAAGGGUCAGAAGGUGCUCUGGGUUGAUAUUUAUAUACUUUGGGACUAGCUGGUGAGCAAUGCUGCACACUCACUCCUCACAACGCUGCAGGAAGGCACCGUCACAGCAACUGCUCAUCUCUUCUCCUAUCACCGGGAGGAAGAGAAACCAAAGCAUUUUAUAAAAAUGAAGGGCGUUUGUGAAAACGCUGGGAAUGAACAGACGAGCAGUAAGUUGCCCUGUUGUGGCUGUACGUGUGAUCCAAACCAGGACACAGCUGUUAAAAAGAAUACGGCACAUCUGUGACCAGAAGGAAUAUAACACAGCAAGGCGUGGAAAAUAGGUUUCGUUGUUUUUAAGUUAAAAAAGUUGCUAAAACGGGACAUCUUGGGUCCAGAAAAUCAACUUAGGUAUAAGCAGUUGGAAGAAGGGUUUAAUUUUUUAACAACUGUACUGAGAUAAUUUACAUGCCCAUAAAAUUCACCUAUUUUAAAUAUAAAUGAUUUUUAUUAAGUUUAUGCAGUUAUACAAUGCACCACAAUCCAUUUGUCACCCCUAGAAGCACCCUACUCCUAACCACAGCCCAGGUGACCACUGAUUCACUCUGUCAACAGAUUUACCUUUUUUUUAGACACUUCAUAUACAGCUAGCUGAUCCUUGAACAACACGAGUUGGAACUACACAGGCUCACCUACACAUGGAUUUUUCAAUAAACACUUUGGAAAAUGUUUUGAAGACUUGUGACUAUUUAAAAAAAUAUUCUUUUCUCUAGCUUUAUUCUAAGAAUUCAGGUAUAUAAUAUCUAUACAAAAUACAUUAAUCAAGUCUUCCCAUUAUCUGGUCAACACAAUAGUUAAGUUUUAGGGAGUCAGAAGUCAAAGUGGAGUCUCGACUGUGCAGGGUGGGGGUGUUGCCACCCCCGCACUGCGCCGGCCUGGGCUCAGCUGUAAAGGGAAUCCUAUGGCGCAUCUUUUGGGUCUGGCUUCUUUCACUAAGGAUAAUGUUUGUUCUUAAGGUUCAUCCAUAUAACAUGUAGCAGUAUCCCCUUUUACUGCUGGAGUAUUCCACUGUAUACACACACCACAUUUUGUUCGUCCAGUACAGAGGGGAUUAAAGUUUACGUAGGUAUAGUGUGGGAAAAAAUUACAUUAGAAUGAAAUG